AUGUUCGACGGUGACCCGCUUGUCCAGAAGAAGAAGCAGUCGGUGAUUGAUGUGGGGCAGCGAACGCAGCUCGACCUUGUGAAUGGUGAAAUUCGCCGUAACAAGGAGACGCUGACAAACCUGCGCCUGGAGAACACGAAGCUUCAGGUCGCCAUGCGGCAGGCAGUGCGCGGCCAGCACCAGGGGAAGGACGAAGACUACUUCCGUAGGGAGGAGGAACAGCUGCAAAACAAGUUGUACCUUUUGAAGCGUAGCCUGAACAGCGUGACGGGCAAGAAGGAGGAGUUGGCGCGGGAAAUUGAGCGCACGAUGGAGGAGACCAACUUUAUCAUGAAGGAGGGGGGUCCUGUCGUCGAUGAAAACUCCACCGUUGGGCAGAAGAUCCGCGCGCUGGAGAACCGUCUCGACAAGUGCCUCAUCAAACACAAUGAAGUGAACGCCAUCCGGCGCACAUAUGAAACCCUGUUAGAGCGGCUUCAGCAGGAGCAGUCCGGGUUUGACACUCAGCUCGCCGCCAUGGAGAAGACACUGCAGUGCAAGGAAAAGGACCUGGCCGACUUGAAUAGCGUGGCCGCGGACGCCACAAAGGGCCGAGACGCGGCAAAGGCGGAGUUGCAGCGGCUCAAGAGUCAAAUCACAAAAGAACGACGGGUGCAGAAGAAGGAUAUUGCGGAAAGGCGCGUGUUUGUGAUGUCAAAGCGAGAGCAGCUGCAGAAACGCGCGCAGACGCUGAGGGAUAAGAUUGAGAAGGGUGAGGAACGUCGUCUUCGCGCGCGUUUGGCUAUUAGUAACUCCCAAAAGAAGAGGCUCCGCGUGAAUGCGCAGAAAAAACUUCAGCCGGAGGAAGUAGAGCAGCAGAAGAGGCAGCGGGAACUGUACAACCGCCUGAAGGAGAUCACAAUGAGCAACAACAUCACUGAUGUUAUUUACAAAUUACAAGAACGGCGGGACGCAAAUGCGCAGCUGCUGCUCACCGUGAAGGAGGCGGAUUCGGCCGAAGCAUCCCUGAAAGAAGAAAGAAAAAAACUUCAGGACGAGUGGGAAGAGAUUCAGCAGCAAAACGGUGGCACAACCAAGGCGUUAAUGCAGCAGCAUUCACAGAGGGGCCAUUUUGGAAUGGACGCUGAUGACAUUGGUAAGGGCGGCAGGGGUGGCUCGCCGGAAAAGGGAGGCACAUCGUUGGCACAUGUGGUUGAACAACGUGCCAUAGCGCGUCGCCGUGUGCUGGAAGAGUUCGAUGACCACCUCUCCAAUCGCCAGAACGAACUGGAGGAAGCGCAAAGACUGCAAGAUUCCCUCGGGAAGAUGCUGCUGGACGUCGACGCCGGGGUGCAUCAUCUUGCCGAAAAGAUUGCAUGUGGUGAAACACUCGGGAGCAUAACGGGAGCGGCAUCGACAGCGCGGCCGUCACUUGACACCACUGUGUCGCCUCGGUCAAAUUCAUGCGUCGGUCGUGGCGAGGCCAUAGUGAAUCUGCUGCGCUCGUGCGGGUUGAAACUGCAGCGUAUGCUAGAUGCCAUGCGGGAGAGCGAACUGGAGACGACUGCGAAGCUUGUGGCCCGUUGGCAUGGGUCAUUGCCACAGUCAAACAUUCGCGUGCCACUCGAACGCACUGCCAGUCCUGACGAAAAACAAGCCCAUGACGACAUGGAGGACCCGGGCGGUGCGGGAUUUUUCUUGGGGAGCACGGAGAAGGGGCGUUCUGUUUCGGAUGAAGGAGAACCCGUGAUUGGCAGCCACAAGUGGCUUGGUGCGGCGGUAGGCCGCGGUGCCAUUGCCGACGACUUCCCGGAGAAUGAAAUCCAUGACAGAAAUGAACUGAAGAUGAUGUCCAUCACGACGGUGGAGCGGGAACGCAAGAAGGCGAAAAAGCAAAUGCAGCAACGUUCCAAGGAGGAAAAGCCAUAA